AAUGGCAUCCAUUGACUUGGCUCGCGUCAGUCCACCGAGAUUUCCCCGCGGGGUAUAAUGGGCUGCUGCACGCUCUACUUCCUGGGAAUAUUUAUCACUUUUGCAGUGUCCCUUGAGAGUCUGAGCUUACAGUGCAGCGAUGGUCAGCCCGAGAAAGAUUACAUCACCCGCUGUGACUUCAAUGAUAACUCCCAGCCCUUCUGCAACUGGACUCAGGUGUGCGAAUCGGACAGUGGAGAAUGGAUCAGGACCAACGGGGAAACGCCUACCCAAAGCACUGGCCCCUCACAGGACUAUCCAGCGCCCUGGAACAAUGAAGCAAAGAAGGGCUACUACAUCUACCAGGAGGCAAGUAACUUCAUUCAGGGCCAGUUUAUCCGCCUGGAGAGCCCACCGCUGAAUCUGACCGAGGGCGCAUGCGUCGAGUUCUCCUAUCACAUGUACGGGACAUUUGGCUCACAAUCGGAGCUAAAGGUUCUGGCCAGCCGCGGGACACAGGAGGAUCUGCUUUGGGAGAGGACCCUGCCACAGAGCCAUGCCUGGCUGCAGGGCUCGGUGACGGUACCAGCUUUGGACCAGAUCACUCGGGUGAUCUUCCAAGCUGAGCGAGGUUUAUGGGAAGAGGCCGACAUCGCGGUGGACAACAUUGCCGUGGUUUCUGGGCCUUGUCCAACUUGUAUCUACGGCUGCGACUUUGACAAGGACCAGUGCGGUUGGACCACCAAAACGCUCGUGGGAAGUGCCGAUGAUGAAGGCUGGACACACGGAAGCAACCACCUGACCGACUUCACCAAACCCGGCUUUGGCCACCACAUGUUGCUCAAUUCGGAAUUCAAUCAACCUGGACACAAAUUCCACUUGAAGAGUCCACAAGUCAGUUCCACAGGGUGCCUCUCUAUGAGUUUCUAUUAUUAUCUGUAUGGGAAUGCAACAAUGGCUUUAAACAUCUACGCUGAACCUCAAGGAUCUUCAGGAAUGUCACUUCUUCUCAACAUUAAAAACCAAACUCAGAAGUGGACCGAAGCACGGGCAGUUUACUGCGGAUUAUCAAUGAUUAAGUUUGUCUUUGAAGGUGUGGUAGGACAGAAGACUUCUGAAAUCGCAGUGGACAAAGUCUGUAUUGUGGCCUGCGACGUUCCAGGUACAACAACCACAGAAUAUACGACAGUAUCAACCACAGAAUCUCCACCUACAACAACCCCAGAAUCUCCACCUACAACAACCCCAGAAUCUCCACCUACAACAACCCCAGAAACUACACCUACAACAACCACAGGAUAUACAACGGUAUCAACCACUGAAACUACAACUGCAACAACCCCAGAAUCUCCACCUACAACAACCCCAGAAUCUCCACCUACAACAACCCCAGAAACUACACCUACAACAACCACAGGAUAUACAACAGUAUCAACCACAGAAUCUCCACCUACAACAACCCCAGAAUCUCCAUCUACAACAACCCCAGAAUCUCCACCUACAACACCCACAGAAUCUCCACCUACAACAACCCCAGAAUCUCCACCUACAACAACCCCAGAAACUACACCUACAACAACCCCAGAAACUCCAUCUACAACAACCCCAGAAACUACACCUACAACAACCACAGGAUAUACAACAGUAUCAACCACAGAAUCUCCACCUACAACAACCCCAGAAUCUCCACCUACAACAACCCCAGAAACUACACCUACAACAACCACAGAAUAUACAACGGUAUCAACCACUGAAACUACAACUGCAACAACCCCAGAAUCUCCACCUACAACAACCCCAGAAUCUCCACCUACAACAACCCCAGAAACUACUCCUACAACAACCACAGGAUAUACAACAGUAUCAACCCCAGAAUCUCCAUCUACAACAACCCCAGAAUCUCCACCUACAACAACCACAGGAUAUACAACAGUAUCAACCACAGAAUCUCCAUCUACAACAACCCCAGAAUCUUCACCUACAACAACCCCAGAAACUACACCUACAACAACCACAGGAUAUACAACAGUAUCAACCACUGAAACUACAACUGCAACAACCCCAGAAUCUCCACCUACAACAACCCCAGAAACUCCACCUACAACAACCCCAGAAACUACACCUACAACAACCACAGGAUAUACAACAGUAUCAACCACAGAAUCUCCACCUACAACAACCCCAGAAUCUCCACCUACAACAACCCCAGAAUCUCCACCUACAACAACCCCAGAAACUACACCUACAACAACCACAGGAUAUACAACAGUAUCAACCACAGAAUCUCCACCUACAACAACCCCAGAAUCUCCAUCUACAACAACCCCAGAAUCUCCACCUACAACAACCCCAGAAACUCCACUUACAACGACCCCAGAAACUACACCUACAACAACCACAGAAUCUCCACCUACAACAACCCCAGAAACUACACCUACAACAACCCCAGAAUCUCCACCUACAACAACCCCAGAAUCUCCACCUACAACAACCCCAGAAACUACACCUACAACAACCACAGGAUAUACAACAGUAUCAACCACAGAAUCUCCACCUACAACUCCCACAGAAUCUCCACCUACAACAACCCCAGAAACUACACCUACAACAACCACAGGAUAUACAACAGUAUCAACCACAGAAUCUCCACCUACAACAACCCCAGAAUCUCCAUCUACAACAACCCCAGAAUCUCCACCUACAACAACCCCAGAAACUCCACUUACAACGACCCCAGAAACUACACCUACAACAACCACAGAAUCUCCACCUACAACAACCCCAGAAACUACACCUACAACAACCCCAGAAUCUCCACCUACAACAACCCCAGAAACUACACCUACAACAACCCCAGAAACUACACCUACAACAACCCCAGAAUCUCCAACUACAACAACCCCAGAAACUCCACUUACAACGACCCCAGAAACUACACCUACAACAACCACAGAAUCUCCACCUACAACAACCCCAGAAACUACACCUACAACAACCCCAGAAUCUCCACCUACAACAACCCCAGAAACUACACCUACAACAACCCCAGAAACUACACCUACAACAACCCCAGAAUCUCCAACUACAACAACCCCAGAAACUCCACUUACAACGACCCCAGAAACUACACCUACAACAACCACAGAAUCUCCACCUACAACAACCCCAGAAUCUCCAUCUACAACAACCCCAGAAUCUCCACCUACAACAACCACAGAAUCUCCACCUACAACAACCCCAGAAUCUCCAUCUACAACAACCCCAGAAUCUCCACCUACAACAACCACAGAAUCUCCACCUACAACAACCCCAGAAACUACACCUACAACAACCCCGGAAUCUCCACCUACAACAACCCCAGAAACUACACCUACAACAACCCCAGAAACUACACCUACAACAACCCCAGAAUCUCCAACUACAACAACCCCCGAAACUACAAUGACAGCAACCCUAGAACCUCCAGCUCCUUCAGGUUCCUGCAUUAUCUCUGGAGACCCUCAUUAUAUCACCUUUGACAACAGGAAGUUCACCUUCUUGGGUACCUGUACUUAUACCCUUACCAGGACUUGCCAGAAAGGCACAGGUCCUUGGUUCACAAUCGAGGGGAAGAAUGAAGAGAGGGGUCUUCCUGGAGCAACCUACCUGAGGAAACUCUACGUCACCAUCGACGGCCUCACCAUCACUCUGAUGAAGAACAGGAGGAUUCUGGUGGACCAGAAAAGGAUUCGUCUGCCGAAAACCGUGGGGCGCGCCCACCUCUCUCAAUCCGGCCAGUACGUGAUUGUCAGCACCGACUUUGGGCUGCAGUUACAAUAUGACGGGAACCACUUUGUGAAGAUACAAAUCCCAUUCUCCUACAAGGGCAAGAUGUGCGGUCUGUGCGGGGACUUCAACGAUAACCACAGUGAUGACUACCGAAAGCCGGACGGCACAAUGGCAGUAAACGAUACUGUGUUCGGAGACAGCUGGAAGACAAAGGACGAUGAGGAUGAUAGCUGCCGAUCGAUUGACCCUGUUCCGUGCAAGGACGAGAUCUACGACAAGGUGACCGGGCCUGACCAGUGUGGUCUCAUUACUGACCCAAAUGAACCAUUCAGAAACUGCAUCCAUGUCGUGGAUCCCAAACACUACUUUGACAACUGCGUGUAUGACAUGUGCCAGUUCCAGGGGCUCCAAGAUCCCCUCUGUGACCAUCUGCAAGCCUACACAGAUGCUUGCCAAUCCGCAGGGGCAACCGUUGACAGCUGGCGAACCCCUGGCUUCUGUGCUCCAGACUGCCCGCCCAACUCACACUACGAUCUCUGCGUCAGCCUGUGCCCUGCGACCUGCACCCAGCCCAGCGGGGGCAGGUGCCAGAGCAAGUGCGUAGAGGGGUGCGCGUGUGACUCGGGGUACGUCCUCAGUGACACGGAGUGCGUCCCUCUCUCUGACUGUGGCUGCACCGACGACCAGGGCGACUAUCACAUGAUCAACGAAUUCUGGUACAUGCCCAGAUGUUCAGAGAUCUGCACCUGCAUCAGCCCCGAACAUGUGAAUUGUAUGAAAACCAAAUGCUCAGAUUUGGAAACGUGCGGUCUGCAGGAUGGGGUCUACGGCUGUCAUCCCAAAGGCCGUGAGAUGUGCUCUGCUUCUGGGGACCCUCACUACAGGACAUUCGACAAGGUCUACUACGACUUCAUGGGAAAUUGUACCUACACCUUCUCCAAGCCCUGCAGCCCCAUCCCAGACCUGCCACACUUCAACGUGGAAACCAGCAAUGAGCACCGGGGAAGGAACACCCGGGUCUCCUACGUCAAAGCUGUCCAUGUGGACAUCUACAACUAUAAUGUCACCCUGGCAAAGGGCCGACAGGUCAUUGUGGAAGGGAAGUUGGUGCACCCCCCCAUCUUUCUGGAAGACAAGCUGCAGAUCCGCAUCAGUGGGGGCUAUGUCUCACUGGAGACUGCGUUCGGCCUGAGGGUGCGCUAUGACGGGAACCACCGUGUUGACCUCACCGUCCCAUCAUCCUACGCGGGACACCUCUGUGGUCUCUGUGGAAACUACAAUGGGAUCACAUCCGAUGACAAACGCACGCCUGACGGUCAGGACGCUGGCAGCUUUGAAGAUUUUGGAGCCAGCUGGCUGGUGCCAGGAACCUCUACACAGUGCACACACGACAGAUCCCCUCCAGACUGUGACAACGACAAAUUCAAGGAGCCCUGGAGCUGCGGAUUCAUCAAAGACCCAAAAGGUCCUUUCCGUGUGUGCAAUAAACGCGUUCCUGUGGAGCAGUACUUCAAGGACUGUGUGUACGACGUGUCAUGCGGACCGCACGACGAGGUGGUAUCUCUGUGCUUUGCCCUGCAGGCCUAUGCAGAUGCCUGCGCCCAGGCUGGUGUUUCUGUCAGCUGGCGGAACAAGACCUUCUGCCCUCUCAGCUGUCCGGCGGGCAGUCACUAUGAGUCCUGCAGCAACGCAUGCCCUGCGUCCUGCACUGACCUGUCGGCCCCCAACGACUGCACCCACCCCUGCGUCGAGGGCUGUGCCUGCGAUCCCGGCCACGUGCUGAGCGGGGACAGGUGCGUACCAUUUGAACAGUGCGGCUGCGUCGACCCCGAGAGGAACUACCACCAGAUGGGAGAGAGCUGGUUCACCAACAUGAACUGUACAGAGCGCUGCACUUGUACCGGCCCCAACAACAUAACCUGCGAGCAAUGGCAGUGCGGGAUCUUGGAGAAGUGCGAGGUACAAGACGGGGUCCUGGACUGUCACACAUUAGGCUUUACCUCCUGCCACGUGGCCGGCGAUCCCCACUACUACACCUUUGACAAAGCCAUGCAUACCUUCCUGGGCACAUGUACCUACAUGCUAGUCUCCGUCUGCAAUGCCACCAUGGUCACCCCGUUCACCAUCAGCGCCAAGAACGAGGAGCGGGGGAUGAAGUACGCCUCCUACCUUAGCCAGAUCAACAUUGGCGUCCUCGGGCUGCAGAUCACCCUGCAGAAGAAUGGACAGAUCAAGCUGGAUGACAUGAAGAUCAGGACACCAUUCGAGGACAACGUGAGGGGCGUCAGUAUCUACUCCACUGGCAUCUACACCGUCCUGGAGACCACCUUCGGGCUGAUGGUCAGGUUCGAUGGCAACCACCACCUCGAAAUUAAACUGCCAAAUUCGUACUACGGGAAGGUGUGUGGGAUGUGCGGCAACUUCAACAACGAUGCCACUGAUGAUCUGCUCAUGCCCAACGGUCUGCUGGCGAAAGGCGUCCCUCAAUUCGGAAACAGCUGGCAGGUCAGAAACCGCGAUGAUGACGAUGACGAUGAUGAUGACGACAACGAUGAUGACUCUCGAUGCUACUCUGACGACAGGGAUGACCUGAGCCCCCCAUGCAUGCCCGGGGAGGAGUCAAACAUGAGGUCCCAGUGUGAGGAGCUGCUCUCGGCUAAGUACAGCAAGUGCCACCACAUCGUCGAACCCACCUCCUUCAUCGAGAACUGCGUCUUCGACCUCUGCAUGUACGGCGGGAUGAUCUCUACCCUCUGCGACAACAUCCAGUCCUACGUCGAGGUGUGCAAGAGCGAGGGCGUUGGCAUCAAGUGGAGGAACAACACCUUCUGCCCUCUGGCCUGCGGGAAGAACAGCCACUACACCGAAUGCGCGUCCUCGUGCCCGGCCACCUGCACUGACAUCUACGCCAGCUCCACCUGCGAGGAAAAGUACACCUGCGCGGAGGGUUGCGAGUGCAACAAGGGGUUUGUGCUCAGCGGCGACCUCUGUGUCCGGCUGGAGGACUGCGGCUGCCUCGACUACAACGGUGAUUACUAUCAGUCCGGAGACAAAUGGCUGAACAGGCGUUGUGACACAAAAUGCACCUGCAAUAAAGGACACCUGAGCUGCAAGGCCCACAAGUGCAAUGACAACUCGGUGUGCGCCCUGAAGAAGGAUGGACGAUACGGCUGCAGGCCUGUCUCAUUCGAAACUUGCCUCAUCUCGGGCGAUCCUCACUACCUGACCUUCGACGGACUGGUCCACCACUUCCAAGGGAAACACACCUACGUUCUAGUCACCACCUACAUCGACUCCGAGGCUCUGCAGCCAUUCACCAUCACGGGCAGAAAUAGGGUGCAGCGUGGUAACAACAGGGUGUCCUUCCUGUCUGAGGUCCACAUCAAGGUCUACGGCCACCUGAUAGAAUUCCACAGGAAGAAACGGCUGCUGCUGGACGACGAAGAGCUGACACCUCCAUACAAGUCACGUGAAGGUUUCCACAUCUACCAGAAGUCCAGGACCCUGUAUCUGGAGACAGAUUUCGGCCUCUCUGUCAACUUCGAUGGAAAAGAAAAUGCAGAUAUCAUUAUUCCCAGCCUCUACAAGAACAAGGUCCGAGGGCUGUGUGGCAAUUACGACGGGAAAUACAGGAAUGAUUUCACGCUGCCGAAUGGUGACCGGGUAUCCAGCCUGAAGAAGUUCGGGAACAGCUGGAAAGUGGACAACGACAAUGACGACGAUGACGACGAUGACGACGAUGAUGAAUCUGAAUGGAGGACGAGGCGGACACAACCUUCCAACGGGAAUAGGUACAGGCGCAGAGCCGCUGGAGAGGACGCAGACCCUGAGCCGGAGACCGGAUACGAGGCCUGUAGCAACAGCCAGUACAACAGCACAGACAGCUGCGGAGCCCUUCUGGACGCUCAGGGACCAUUCCGAGACUGCCAUCCUUUCAUUCAACCAAACACGUAUUACCAGAACUGCCUCUUUGACCUUUGCCAGACCGGCGACUCCAACCUGCUGUGUGUCAGCUUCGAGAUGUACGUCCAAGCCUGUCAGAUGAACGGGACCACCCUGACGAACUGGAGGAACUACACCCAGUGUGUAAUGGACUGCCCCCCCAACAGCUCGUACAAGCCCUGCAUGGCUUCCUGCCCACCCACCUGCGCAAACCUGGCGGCCACGUCGGAAUGCGACAGCCCAUGCAUGGAAGGAUGCCAGUGCGACAGAGGUUUCGUCUACAGUGGCUUUGAGUGCGUGCCUUACCGUAGCUGUGGCUGCACCUACAGGAACAAGUAUUACAAGGUUGGAGAAAGGUUUGUCACUGAGGACUGUACAGAAGAAUGCUUCUGUAAUACAACAGACGCCGUUCAGUGCAUGGAGAUGCGUUGUCCUGCGAACACGACGUGCCAAGUUAUCAACUCCAAAAGAGCAUGUGUGUUCCUUUGUCACAAUGAUACUUGUCAAAACGGAGGCACCUGUGAGGUGACUAUAAAUGGAAUUAACUGUGUCUGUCCCCUGUUAUACAGAGGGAAAUACUGUGAAGAUAACACCCUCUUCAUCGUCGUUACGGUAUUGGUACCAGUUGUGGUCCUGUUCCUCAUCGCAGCAGGCAUGAUUUUAUACUUCUGCUGCAGGGACGGAGGGAAGGAGGAUAGCGACAGCGUGAGUGACGUCAGCUCCAUUGGCGGUUUCGACAACAUUGCCAUGCUCACACGGAACUGGCGGGUCAACCAAGGGAGUGGAGUAACGAACCCUCGGUACCAGUAGUAACCACGGUGAUGCCCGCCUUUGGAUUUGGUUUGCCUGCAGUCUAAAGAGUUAAAAUCACCACGUGCACCAGAUGACCCAACCCAGCCCUCACCCCUUUAUACCCAUGUGCCAGCUGUGUGAAUAAAAUCCUUCAUUGCAAGUUCA